UUAUGCCGCCUGUAGUCUAUGGUAGAUUUGUAAAGGACAUCCAUUGACAUCUGUCUUGGAAAUCAUGGAUCUCCAUCAAUCUCUAUUACUUUUAUUAGCUCUAGAGUUACAUGCAGAUUGUACAGAUGUCUAAUGGAUGUCACGCUCCGUGUGGGAACAAGCACAAGCCUGCCGUUUCGCCGGCGCGUCGUCGAACUGUCGAACAUGGCCGGAGUGACGACAAUCGCGGACAAUAAUGACGACCCAGAAACGAGGAGGCCACAAUUCGGAACGCGGAAUUUACCGCACGAUGGAAACAUCUUCCAGCACAAUGCAUGGGAUAAUGUUACAUGGGAUGAAGAACAAGAGAAGUUAGCACAACAGAAAGUAGAUGAAAAUUCCACUGUUACGAUGUCAUCCGAGCAACUUUUUAAAUAUGAAACUGAAGCAGAUAAAUAUUGGGACAAAUUUUAUGGAGUACAUAAUAACGGGUUUUUUAAAGAUAGGCAUUGGUUGCUGAUAGAGUUUCCAGAACUAGCGCCCAAUACUGUAAAACAGGACACGGAAAGACCCAUGAGAGCCGCAUUUACAGAUGAAGAUAAAAAAUGUAGUGAAAAACACAUAAAAAUUCUCGAUUUACCAUGUAAAGAUAACUGUAGAAUAUUAGAAAUAGGAUGUGGUGUAGGAAAUACUGUAUUUCCUAUACUCAUGUAUAAUACAGACCCGAAGCUGUUUAUAUAUUGUUGUGAUUUUUCGGCGAAAGCUAUUAAUAUAUUACAACAAAAUCCUGCAUAUAAUGUAGAUAGAUGUAAAGCAUUUGUUUUGGACGUAACUCAGGAAAUGUGGACGACUCCUUUUGAGCCUGAAAGUUUAGAUAUCAUCGUUCUUAUAUUCGUAUUAUCUGCCAUUCAUCCUGACAAGAUGCAUCAUGUUAUGCGGCAAAUGUACAGGUAUCUUAAAUCAGGUGGAAUAAUUUUAUUUCGAGAUUAUGGCAGACACGAUUUAGCGCAAUUAAGAUUUAAGAAGGGCAAUUGCCUCGGUGAGAAUUUUUAUGUACGUGGAGAUGGCACCAGAGUAUACUUUUUUUCUCAAGAGGAUAUUAGAAAAUUAUUUACCGAUAAUGGUUUCGUCGAGGAACAAAACUUCAUGGACAGAAGGCUGCAAGUUAAUAGAGGUAAACAGUUGAAAAUGUAUAGAAUAUGGGUACAGGCGAAAUAUCGAAAGUCCUAGAAACUAUGUAACAUGAAGAUUGUUAUCGAAUUUUUAUUAAAAAAUCAAAAAUUUAUGAUAAAAAUUAGUAAAUAAAAUAAUAAAAAAUAUAUUU